CGGAACUCGGCAGUUGUGUAUGCUGGUUUCUCUUCAUACCGUAUUUUUUCAUCAAGCGAUUUACGAAGCCGUUUAACGAAAACAUCACGUCGCUCGUAUCCAAACGUAUAAUCGUGGGAUCGAAAUACAAAAAUCAACAAAGUUCUGUUAUCAAAUGCGAAUUUAAUGUGAAGCUACAAAAUCAAAGCCAAAUAUUCAAAAUUUUGUUUUGUUUUGCGGUGUGACAAUAGUCACAAACCAACAAAAAAUACAGUUAAAUAACUACAGUGAGAUCCGUUGGUAUUUUCGAUUAUCGUACCAAUGUAAAUUGAUACUCAAAAUUACCGCUUUAUUUGCAAAACGUGCAAGCAAAUUUGAAUACGACAAUUUUUCAGUAGUGAUAAAUACAUAAAAAGAUAAUAUUUGAUAAAACACAAAUAUAAAAAGAAGAAGACAAAAAAAAACUAAGGAAAGGCAAUUUCAAGGUGCGAGAGCUUAAGUGAUAGCAACGUCAGUGAAGCACAAAUACGGUGUGUGAGAUUUUCAUUUUGAAGGAGAAAAAAAAACUUAAUCGGCGUAAUAUUUAUUGCCUAUAUGCCUCCGCAUUUGGCUAUCACAAUCGCUCGCUCCAACCAAUAAAUAGAAGUCAUUGUAAUAUUCGCCGUGAAUUAGCCAAAACGCGAAAGCGCAAUUUUUGUUUUUUUAAGUGGACAGGCCGCGAUAUAGAAUUGUCGAUUUGUACGAACAUAAGCGAGAGAGAGAGAGAGAAAGAGAGACAAUAAACAGCGCGACAGGCGAAACGAAACGAAUAAAUUGUAUUCGAGUCCACCUUAAUGCCUGACUAGCCACCAUAUCGAUAUCAACAACGAUUGGCAAAAGUUGCGAUUCAACAACAAACGACACAUACACACAGUGUAUAAACUUUAAAAUAUAAAAAGCAUCGUAUGAAUCAAGUCAAAGAGGCGAACAAUAAUAAUAAAAAAAACGUAUGUGCUGUGCAUAAUAAUAAAAUCGAAGACGACGGCCAAAGAAUCGACGAAAAAAAAAAUCAAAACCUUUGAGCAAAUGUCCACGACGAUGAUGUCGACGACGACUACGACAAUUUCGACGACGACAACGACGGCCAACGAUUAAAUCGAACAUCGAACAUAAAAUAUAUUUAUAAAUGUAAUUCUUGCCAAUGCAACGGUGCGGUUUUUCUUUUGCAUUCCCGUUUUUGUGGCAGUGUCGUGUAAAAAUCGGUGUUUUUGCACGCACUUCUCGUACUCGCAGCGUGCGCGUUCAGUGAAUAAAACAGUUUUGUGUGUGAGUUUUUGUUUUGUGUCGCGAAUCAACGACAUAUCUCUCAUUGCUCUCAGAAAGUGCAAAUAGUGUGUGAGCGUUUUGCGAUAUCACAAGCGAAUUGAAUGUUCAUAUGCAAAAUAAAAAAAAAACACCAAAAGUAAUCCGGUGAGAAAAAGUGUGGCAAAAGAAGAAGAAACAUUGAAUUAUUUUUGAAACGACUGAACAAACAAUGGCGAAAAAUUGAGACAUAAACCAAAAUACACGCUUCAAGUUGAAAAAGGAUGCAAAUGGCAUAAAAAAAAGAGACACACUGUCACCACAUUUCACGAAGAAAAUGUGAAUACGAAAAUUAUAUAUCGAACGAAAAGAAAACAAUUUCCGAAUCGAAUAAAGGUACGACAUAUUCUCGCGAAUAAGAAAAAACAACAAAGCAACCAACAAUUUUCGAUUGGAUUUCAAGUUUGUCUUUUCUGUUUCAUUUGUUGUGCUGUUGCCAUUCACCAGCCAUCAACAAUUGCAAUCGCAUUAUCAUAAAAUCCAGUGAAUCGACGAAUUCCAAAUAAAUAUAUAUAGAUAUAACCAUUGGUGCAGUGCAUCUCGUUGAAUUCUUAACGACACACUGAAAAUGACAAAAUUACGAUGAUUGCCACAUAAAAAAAAAUUUAAUCGACAAUUUCCAACAUUGCUGUUAUACUGAAAGUAAAUUGCGAUCAACGCAAAUUACACGAAACUCAAAACAAAACAAGCAAACAAAUUAUGUAGUGACAAAAGUCUACCUCAGCUAAAAAGACGUAUACAUACAAAUGUAAUCAAAUAAUUUACGCGAAACUAUUCGAUAAAAAAAACAAAAAAGCAAACUUCUAAAAGCAAAAAAAACGCUUCCACAUCGAGUGCUAAAAAGUUAUAUUAUGCUAUUUGAAUAGUGAAUAAAAAGAACACACUGUAUCGAAUUGAGUAGCCAUAUUCCAAGAGAGAAAAACGAAGUGAAUUCCAACGAAUUUGUUGAAUCGACAACAUUUUCAUUUUGUCUGCUUUCAUUCUGAACUAGUUUUAAUCGGCCAUUUAUUGUGGAAUAGCACUUGCGCUUUUUUUCCAUCAGCUCAGAACCACAUGUAAUACUGCAUUUGCGUUUGGCCACAAAAAAAGCGAGAAUAUAAAAAUCAAAUUGCCAUAAAUUUAACAGCAGAAAAACAUAACAUUUGCAAUCCCAUAAGUAAUCGGAAAGAGAGUCAUUGGAUUCUCCAGGGAGUUGUAGCAAAAAAAAAAAGUCGAUGAAAGCACAAAACGCCCAGGCAAAAGACACGAGACAACAAACGAACAACACGAUAGUUGAGAGAAAUAUCAAAUUGUGUAAUGUUUGCUUAAAAAACACAAACGAACGACACACAAACAUUCUAUCGGCCAAAUUCAAUCGAUCGGCGUAUGCAUGAGCCUGUUGCCAACGAAACAGCCGCUCAUAUCCCAAUCACAUCAGUUUAUCAUAUAGAAAUCUAAGAAGCGAUCGAAGAGAUAUUCAGAUGCGAUAAAGUAGCGCAAAAGAAAAUGUGUAAUUUAGAUAACUAAUAAUAAUUUUUUUUGAGAAGACACACACGUAUAGACGUGAACAAAACAGAACCGAUAGAAAGAAGUCGUUAGAGAAAAGAAAACACACUCAUAACAUAACAACGGACGAAAGUAUCGUGCAUACCAAUCGAAUUGUAGCUAUUUCCACUGGUUUUGGUAUUUGAUUUCCAUCUCGAGAGCAUUAUUUAUACAUCGUUUUGAAUGCAUUUCGACUCUUUUACUUUGGACCGCGCGAGCUGAAGAUAAAAGCCAAAACAAAACAAAAAAAAAACACUCAUCAGAAUAGAAAUAAUAAAUUGUGUGUGUUUCAUCUUCAAUUCUUAUUGAAUUGUGGCAAGAGAGCGCAUCGUUUCUCUCUUAACUCGUUGGUUAAACGAUUAAUGGUGUGUUUCAUAUCGUUUAACAUAGAUUGUGUUUCAAAAACGGAGCUGUUGUGAGUGAAUUAACUUAACGAUAGACGAUACGAAGAAGGAAAAUUGUCGGAUUGUGUGUGCUUGUGAUUUUCAAGAAGAACGCAACAUAUCGUUUUCUCAAACGAUCCGUUAGACAUUUGCUUAAGGUUUGCUCCUUAUUUUAUUUUUUCGUUUCUCUUUUGUAUUGAAAAAAUUCUAUGAAUUUCACCGGGAGAGAGAAUCAUCAAAACGAAACGAUUAUAUAAUUGAUUUAAGAAAAGAAGAAGAGUACAUAAAUUACCGAAAUCAAAACUCUCGCACGAGAACCAUCAUCAUCAUUUAAAGAGAACCAUUUUUUUUGUUGUUGAACGAAACCGGAUAAAAAAAAACAAGAACCCAAAAUGAUGAUACAUUGGUGCAAUCGAUACUUGAUUGUUCUCUAUUGUGUGUUUCACCAUUGUUAUGCGGGCUACACGUUUGGUGAAGACUAUCCAAAGAAGAGCAACUAUGUACAAGCCCUGCAAACUGAUCCAUGCUACUCAGACGAUCGUGCCAAACGAUGCAUUCCCGACUUUGUGAAUGCGGCCUAUGGAUCAAAAAUCGUGGCGUCAAGUGUUUGUGGUCAAAAUGGGCCAUCACGUUAUUGUGAACCAAACGAUGUGAUGAGACCAUACGAUAACACAUGUUAUGUAUGCGAUCGAAGUGAUCCACAGAAAACAUUUUCGCCUGCUGCGCUCACCGAUUUAAAUAAUCCGAAUAAUGUAACUUGCUGGCGAUCGGAUCCAAUUCAACCGCCGAACGGACCAAAUGCACCACCCGAUAAUGUAACACUCACAUUGAAUUUGGGCAAAAAAUUUGAAUUGACAUAUGUUAGUCUACAAUUUUGUCCAAAAUCCCUCAAACCGGACUCGAUUGCAAUUUACAAGAGCGCUGACUAUGGUGUCACAUGGCAACCAUUCCAAUUCUAUAGUUCACAGUGUCGACGGGUUUAUGGUCGUCCAAAUCGUGCCCCAAUCACCAAAGCAAAUGAACAGGAAGCACGUUGCUCUGAUACACAUCGUCACAGUGGCGAUUUAACCAGCGGAAUGUAUGGUGGCCGUAUCGCAUUUAGUACACUUGAGGGUCGACCCAGUGCAUCCAAUUUUGAUCAAUCGGCUGUUUUACAGGACUGGGUGACCGUUACCGAUAUCAAAAUAAUCUUCCAUCGCUUGCAAAUGCCAUCGGAUGUGCUUGAUGAAGAAUUGAUGAUCGAACAAACGAAAUUGUAUUCGAAUAAAUUGCAUGCAUCCGAUUCGAUGGUGAUGUCGAAGGAGAAAAAAUCACCGCUCGAUAAUCUCGUAUCGUCAACGAUGAGCACAAUGUCAACACAGAAUUAUGCGGUGUCUGAUUUUGCUGUUGGCGGCCGAUGCAAAUGCAAUGGUCAUGCAUCUCGAUGCCUCACCGACGAUAAGGGUCAAUUGUAUUGUGAUUGCAAGCACAAUACCGCCGGACGUGAUUGCGAAAAGUGUAAACCAUAUUUCUUCGAUCGUCCUUGGGGCCGAGCAACCUAUCGCGAUGCCAACGAAUGCAAAGCUUGUGACUGUAAUGGACACGCGCGACGAUGCCGUUUCAAUAUGGAAUUGUACAAGCUUUCUGGCCGCGUAUCGGGUGGUGUUUGUUUGAAUUGUCGACAUGCAACAACUGGACGUCAUUGCCACUAUUGCAAAGCUGGCUAUUACCGUGAUCCCAGCAAAUCAAUUGGUCAUCGCAAAGUAUGCAAACCAUGCGAUUGUCAUCCGAUUGGUUCAUCUGGUAAAACAUGCAAUCAUACAUCGGGCCAGUGUCCAUGCAAAGACGGCGUAACUGGAUUAACUUGUAAUCGAUGUGCUCGUGGCUAUCAACAAAGUCGGUCACAUAUCACACCGUGCAUCAAAAUUCCGCGUGUAAUUACGGCAUUACAACAACAGAAUACAGCCCCAGAAGUUCAACAGUAUGAUUCUGAUCCAUAUCAAACUGACAGCGACAACGGUGGUGGUGGAGGUGGCAGCGGCCGAGAAUGCGGAAAGUGUAAAUCCGGAACGAAACGGCUCAAUUUGAAUAAGUUUUGCAAACGAGAUUAUGCAAUCAUGGGUCGUAUUGUUGAACGAGAACCGAGCCGCUAUGCCAAGGAUUCACCAUAUCAAUCGACGAAAUUCAAUAUCCAAAUCCAGGCCGUAUUCAAAAAGUCCCAAGAUUCAGCCGCAACAACUGUACGAAAAAGCGUACCUUUAAUUAUAUCGGCUAAAGAUUUAGAAUGUCGUUGUCCAAAGCUCAAGGCAAAUAGAUCAUAUUUAAUUUUGGGCAAAGACAUCGAAAGUCCCUCAGGUACGGUUGGUAUUGGGCCACGUUCAAUAGUCAUUGAAUGGAAAGACGAUUGGUAUCGACGAAUGAAACGUUUCCAACGACGCGAUCAUGCUUGUGGAUAAACAAGUUUACGCUUCUUCAAAACCAACAACAACAACAAACAGAUGUGUAAUGAACAAAUACACAAAAUCCACAGUCAAACGAUACAACAACAAUAAUAACGAUACACAAAAAUCACAUAAGAAUAAAAUAAAAAACAACAGCCGUCAGUAGCAGCAACAAACGGCUAAACUACUCAAAAUCAUUUCAGCAUCCAAUAACACAAACUCAAAUACAUUUCAUUAUAUGCCGUGGCCGGUCCGCUUUUUUUUUCAUAUUACAUUUGAAUCAUCCAGAUUUUCACUAUUCCGUGCACUAUUUACACAAACGUAGUGCACGAGAGAUACACUUUAAAUCAGAAAAAAUAGGGAGAGACUUUGUUAUUAAAGGAAGCAAAUAGUUCGGACGAAAUAAUUCGAUCGGACGAAAAAUUAACGAAAAUCAAAUUGAGAACACGUUAGGAUUGGCUAUUUCUCUCUCCUCUCUCUUUGGUUUUAAUGAGAGAGAGCAAAAUAUAACAACAAGUAAACAAAAUUAUUGAAUUCAUUUUAUCAAUAGCAAAGGAAAAACAUAGCCAGCACCAACAGUAGAAGAGACAACAAAAAGUAACCAUUUACAAAGUGGAACGGCAUCGAUGAUGUGCAUUGAUUUUGUGUAUGAGCGGACGUGCGCGCGUGGGCACUCACUUCAUUAUGUGUGUUGUGUUGUUUUGUUUUCCAGGUUUGAAUAACCAAAAAAAAAAUAUAUAAAAAUAAAUACAUAGUAUCUCUUAGUUUCAAUAUAUAUAUUUAUCAAUAUAUGUGUGUGUAUAUGCCAGCAAACGACGUGAAUCAGAUACAAUGAAGUAGAAAUAUGAGAUCGCGCCAAACAUUAACAUCAUCAAUAAAACAAUUGAGUAUGUAACGGGAUACGAAAAAAAUAAGCAAUGCAGCAUACAAAUUGAGAGCGCUGAAUAAUAUACAAGUAGUUGACUAGAAAACAAUAUACAAACACACGUUUAAAAACUGCAUCGAAUUACUCAACCUUUUCUCUGUCGUCGUCUCAAUGAAAGAAAGAGAUGGCGACCGGCAGAUUGGGGCAGAGAUUGAAAAAGAAGAAAAAAACCCAUACGUAUAUUCUCGAAUCGCAAUAAUUAUUUGAUUUAAAAACGAUAAAUAACCUAUUUAUUACAAUUACAACACACUUGAAUGAACACACCGAGCCUGUGUCAUUGGAAGCGUGAACUCGCGUUGCGCACCAUGCGAUGCGUCGAAAGAAGAUGAACGAAAACACAGCAACAACAACACAUCGGAAAAAUACGAUCGAAACCGAAAUCAUUUAUCAAUAAAUAUAUAAAUUUCUUUGAAGAAAAAUCGAAUAAGAUACACACUCACGAAUUAUAAGAGAAAAAUUUAACAAAAAAAAACAAGUCAAACAACAUACACUCUUUACAUUAACAUUUAAGCACUUUAAAUCUAUAUACAUGAUAACAUGAUAUGUAAUUCAUUUCUCUCCUCUGGCAUAGUGUCUUUUUUUCUUUCUUUUUUUUAAAGUUUAGAUUUACUUUUGCAAAAAAACCAUAUUUAUUUAUUUAAGAUGUAUCAAUUAUUAUUAUAAAACACAAACCUAAAGAUGAAAAAAUUGAAAACAAAAAAAAAAUCAUUAUGAUCUGCAUAAAACGAUGUUAAGCAGAUGCAACAGCGUUAGCCAUAUACACAUACAUAUAUCAUAACAAAAAGUUUAAAUCGUAAAUUUACACAUACAAUAUUUAAAGACGUCUCUUUUCGAUAAUAGUUCAGUAGUUAAGGAUUUAUCGUAAACAAAAUGAAAGAAGAAGAUGAAAAAAGUUAAUCAAAUUAAAUAUUGAAUAUUGUGAAUGUAAAAUGUAGGGCCUGUUUACCCGUAACGUAUAUAGAUGUAUUUUGUAAUCUCUCUUUAUUUUCCGCGCUCUUUCAAUUUGGUUUUGAAGUUUUUGAAUUGGGAUUUAAUUUUUCUAAAUGGAUUUUUCUUCAAUAUUUUUCAUUUUUCAAUAUGUCACGAGUGAAGAGUAGUCGUAGAGACUCUAUAUGUCAUAUGAAGACCACAAAAGUGAAAAAGAGGCAUAUGUUAAUGCAGGCUUUAACUUUAUAGCCGAAACGGACUAAUUUAAAACCGUUUGUCACAUAUAAUUUUUUUAACAUCAUUUUGAAGUUUUUUAUUUAUUACUUUAUUUUGAACGGAUGAAGAGCGGAAAAAAAUGACGCAAAAAUCCCGGCCAUAAACACUCAUUUAAUUAUAGCCGUUAAAAGAAAUCACCUCUGAAAAUAGACAUCGAUCCAAUUUAUGACCGUGCACACACAUUAAAUGGACUAGUAAUACUAGUUCAUUUCGUGUGCGGGGCUAGUUUACACAAUCCAUUCCUCUUUUUCACCGACUCUUAUGACACGAAAUAAAUGAACUUGUCAUGCCAAUGCGCGCAAAGACAACAUACACACAACCCACAACACAGUUUUAAAUUUCAUUGUUUACUUAAAUGUUAUUGAUUAUUUUAAUUUAAACGUACAAUUUUAAGAGAUAUUUUGUAUAUAUAUAUAUGAAUAAAAAAAAUGAUGAAGAAUAACUCUUACGCAUCCAGCAAAUAGCAAUAGAAGCAACAGCAACAAAAUGCAUCAAAUAAAACAAAAUGAGCAAUGGAACCAUGGAGCUAAUGACUGCCAUUGAAAAUAUAAACGCACACAAACUUAUAUCGGCUGAUACUCGAUGUUCCUCCUUGUGGCUCGACUCUCUUUUUUUUACAUUUUAUUUCCCAGUUCCAUAUUAAUACAUAUCGCUUCGACCAUAGAGAAAAAUAUAAACAAGAAAGAGAUCACUUAACUCUUUGACUGAUUAUAGUCGAUGUAUUAUUAUUAUUACUGUCGAUGUUCACUCUUUCUCGUUCCGCAUUUGACACGGAACACAUUGUUUCAAUUUCAGUACAAUAUACCGAGCAAAAAAAGUAAAAACAACAUUUAAACAAUAUAACAACAACAACAAAUAACGGAUGUAUUUAAUUUGUUUUGCCAAUGUAAUUGUAUUCAGAGAAAAUAAAGAACUUAAAUAAAUGUAUAAGGCCGAGAAUUAUUUGGUCAAUGUGCGACUUA